GCUGGACGUCGCACGUGUGCGGAGGCCGCGGGCGGGCCCAUGGCGAGCACCGCGGGGCUGGCGCUGUGCGGCCAGACGCUAGUGGUGCGGGGCGGCAACCGGUUCCUGGCCAUUUCCACCGCGAGCAGUGACGAUGACUGCGUCUUCACAUACGACUGCAGUGCUGCAGAGAGGAAAUCUGAGCCAGAAGAGAAAGGGGAGGACGGACAGCCCGUAGACAAGGGGACCGACACAAUUCUGGCGUCCACCUUCUCCAAGUCUGGCAGCUAUUUUGCUUUAACUGAUGACAGUAAGCGUCUGAUUCUUUUCCGUACAAAACCAUGGCAAUGUCUGAGUGUCAGGACUGUGGUACGGAGGUGCACUGCCCUGACUUUCACAGCUUCAGAAGAUCGGGUCUUGGUGGCUGACAAAUCUGGAGAUGUCUACUCCUUCUCAGUGCUGCAGCCUGAUGGAUGUGGCAAGCUGGAACUUGGGCACCUCUCCAUGCUGCUAGAUGUGGCCGUGAGUCCUGAUGACCAAUUUGUGCUCACUGCGGACCGGGAUGAGAAGAUCCGGGUCAGCUGGGCAGCUGCUCCACACAGCAUUGAGGCUUUCUGCUUGGGACACACAGAGUUUGUGAGCCGCAUCUUCAUUGUGCCCAGUCAUCCUGAGCUGCUGCUUUCCUCCUCUGGGGAUGGUACCUUGAGACUCUGGGAGUACAGGAGUGGCUACCAGCUGCAGUGCUGUGACCUGGCCAGUCUACGGGAGCCUGCAGAGCAUCAAAGCCACAAGGGGUUGGCUGCAUCCAGGAUUGCAUUCUGGGGACAAGAGAGCUGUGUGGUGCUUCUGUGUGAGUGCGUUCCUGUGGUCUUCAUCUUCCAGCUUGAUGCCAGCAAACAGCAGCUGGUGUUCAGACAGCAGCUGACUUUCCCUCAUCGGGUGUGGGAUGUCGUCUUUGAGGAUUCACAGGGGCUGUGGGUUCUGCAGGACUGUCAUGACGCUCCCCUAGUGCUCUGGAGGCCCGUGGAUGGCCAGUGGCAGGCUGUUCCUGAAGGUCCUGUGUCCAAGAGACUCUGCAACCAUCUCCGUGAGAGCUGGGCCAUGUUGGAAGGCUCUGUGGGUGCAGAUGAUGGCUUCCGCAGUCUUUACAAGGCUACCUUUGACAACAUGACCUCUUACCUGAAGAAGAAGGAGGAGAGACUGCAGCAGCUGAAGAAGAAACGACAAAGGAGCCCCCUCCCACGGUCCCCAGAACAGACAAAAAAGGCGUGCCCAGGGCAGGCGGCCCUUAGUUGCUGACCUUGGGCUUGGUGGCAGCUUGAGGUCUCUUGGGCCUCUCUCUUCUCCCCCUUGCCUGGUUCAUCCACAAGGAGGGAGAUCAUGGCAGCUCAGUCCCCACCACUAGCUCUGUGACAAAGACGGAGGACAGCCUCCCGAUUAUCUGUGCCUCCUGUUGGCAGGGAAGACGAGGUGUGUUAGCCUAGCUAAUGAUUCUGCGUAGCUGUGUGGAAGCACCUUCACAUUGAAGGAUACACUGACCUGCAGCACCACAUCAGUCUGUCCGUGCCCACAGUGCUGUCUGUAUCUCUAGGGGUCCUGUGGCAGGACCUGUCUUCAUGCCAUUGCUGUGAGCUCUCCAGGUGUAGCAUAGCACGGCUCGCACGGAGCUGCUUGCUGUUGCUCUGUACUCACAGGGACUCAGUCUGGGCCAAGCAGAACUGCAUGUGCAUCGCAGGGAAGCAGGCAUGGUAUCGGUGCUGGAGCUUGCCUGCUACGGGGCAUAUCAGGAUGUGACCUUGGCCAGGCCUUGAUAUACAGGGAAACCAGUGAUGUGGGUCCAUUGCUUUGAACUCUGCACGCUCUGCAGAACAAGAACAGCAGGCAAUCAGCUGAACACAUGGCAUCAAUAAAGACAAACUUUGCAUA